AGUGCUGGGUGUUGUUUCCGGAAGUGAGCAAGGAAAGCUUGAGAUGGCGGCUGUGACUCUUGCUGAGAAGGUUCCGGUGGGUGGAGCAGAGGAGCCGCAGCCUCCCGCAGGAGCCGAGGAGCUGGCCGCCCUGAAGCGCGAACAGAGACUGCGCAAAUUCCGGGAGCUGCACCUGAAGCGGAAUGAAGCUCGUAAAUUAAAUCACCAGGAAGUUGUUGAAGAAGAUAAAAGACUUAAGUUACCUGCAAAUUGGGAAGCCAAAAAAGCGCGUUUGGAAUGGGAACUACAGGAAGAAGAAAAGAAAAAGGAAUGUGCAGCAAGAGGGGAAGACUAUGAGAAAGUGAAGUUGCUAGAAAUCAGUGCAGAAGAUGCAGAAAGAUGGGAGAGAAAAAAGAGGAGGAAAAACCCUGACCUGGGAUUUUCAGAUUAUGCUGCUGCCCAGCUUCGCCAGUAUCAUCGACUGACCAAACAGAUCAAACCAGACAUGGAAACAUACGAGAGACUGAGAGAAAAGCAUGGGGAAGAGUUUUUCCCAACAUCCAACAGUCUUCUUCAUGGGACACAUGUGCCUUCCACGGAGGAAAUUGACAGGAUGGUCAUAGACCUGGAAAAACAAAUUGAAAAACGAGACAAAUACAGCCGGAGACGUCCUUAUAAUGAUGAUGCAGAUAUUGACUACAUUAAUGAAAGGAAUGCUAAAUUCAACAAGAAGGCAGAAAGAUUCUAUGGGAAAUACACAGCUGAAAUUAAGCAGAAUUUGGAAAGAGGAACAGCUGUCUAAUCCCAUCAGGAACUGUUUAGAAGCUUGAGACUAGAGAGAAAAUUUCUGCUAGCAAAUUGAAGUUCUCUUCAGAGUUACAUUGUAAACUAGAACUCCGUGUGUGCCCUCCCACCCAGCAUUUAAAAAUAAAUGUUUUUUCUUAAAUGUA